UCUCAUACUAUUUCACUGUAAUUUGAUCAAUCGAGCAUCUCUCUCUCUGUGCGUGUGUUUAGUCGGAGAACAGAAAUGGAGGAGAAACUCAGCUGCAAUGGCGGUCACGAGUUCAAGCUGCUGCUCUCAUGUCCUUCUGGUUUAUCACCUUCACAGGUAUCAGUUGUUUUCGAUGAAGCAUACGAUAGGAUUCCUCACCCCGAUCCUACUUUGGAGCAGUCCAUUUCUGAGAUAUGGGAUGCAAGAGUUCAACAAAGUUCUUCACUUUACAAUGGAACGAAGUUCAGGUACGGUGGGUACAACUUCGAUGUAGGGAAUGAUCCCAAACAACAACUUCACGUUUCCCUUCAUCUUGGUCUGACAGAUUAUAGGACAUUCGUGGGAACAAAUUUAAGUCUAAUGUGGGAAAGAUUUCUUGUUCCAUCUGAAGAUGAUUGUAUACAGUGUCAGCACACAUCAAGUCCUCUGGGUAAUGGUGCAGUUGUGGAGACUUCAGACGGAAGAAUACUUGUGCUUCAGAGAAGUAAUAAAGUUGGAGAAUUCCCCGGAUAUUUUGUUUUCCCUGGAGGCCAUCCAGAGCCCCAAGAAGUCGGAAUAAUCUCCCAUGAAGGCUUCCAAGAGCUGAAUCAAUGUCACAUGAUUAACAGCAAAGUCUCUCAGGAAAUGUUUGACAGCAUUGUCCGCGAAGUUGUUGAAGAAAUUGGUGCUCCUGCGAAUUCCCUUUCCAGCCCCAUCUUUAUUGGUAUAUCCCGACGAGUACUGAAUGUUAGACCAACUGCUUUUUUCUUCAUCAAAUGCAAUCUACUGUCAGAUGAAAUUCAACAACUGUAUUCUAGUGCACAGGAUGGCUUCGAGUCAACUCAGCUUUAUGCUGUUUCAAUGAGUGAUUUAGAGAACAUGGCUUCUAAAAUGCCCGGCUGCCACAGGGGAGGCUAUGCACUCUACAAAUUAAUGGUACAAGGCACGAGUGAUAGUUAAUCACAUCGUUUGCUGAAUGAGAAGAUUUUACAGCCUCUUAAUCUCCUCUACCUGAUAUAUACACGUUGGUCUCAGUCCUUGAUGUGCAAUCUCCUGCUAUGCUAUUUCAUUGAUCAAAAGAAAAAUUCCCCAUGGAAAAUAUAAAUGAGCUAGCAUGCACAGAUUAUGUGAUUUAGUCAUAUUGAAUUGCAACAAAACACAUUUGUCUUUGCUAUGUAUUGAGCUGUAUUAGUUUUGUUUAAUCACAGGAUUUAUUCGAAUAUUGGCUGUCCAUUUCUCUUCGCUUGUUCUCAAGGCUUUAUUUACCGAUUUCCAACUUCUGGAUCAAGAACUAUUAUGUUGGCUCAUGCACCAACAAGGACAUUUUUAGUACACCUUCUUGUACGCAUUUCCA